ACACACACACACCCUAGCGAUAUGUGGUAUUGCAUAGUUACAGUGGCAUUUGGUGUCAUGGUUUAUGGUCCAGAAAGUGAAAUUUCGAUACGUGUGACUUUCUUUACAUUGUACAUUUGACUUGUUGCCUAUAAAUACUGAGUAUUAACACUUCAGAAGAUGCAGAUAGUAAAGUGUAGAGCACUUCACACUCUUAUUAGGAGUAACAGUCUGCUGUACAGGAAAGUAGAGUGUGUAUACUGGGAAUACAAUGUUUCUACGUUUGGUGCACCUUUGUGUCAUUGUGACUCUGUGCAGUGUGAGCUCUGGCUUCAGCUGUCGAUGGAUCAAUCCUAAAUUCAAGCAGCAUCAUGGGGAAUGUUUAGCACUGCUUAGAGAAAUGGGAGAGGAAAUCAGCGUCAACUCCUCCAUCCCAGAUAACUGGCGUCACUGGUUCUUUAACCAAAGCCAUUCUCAGCCAGAGAAACAGAUCUGGUUCAUCGUUCAGACUCUGGACGAGGUCUCUCGUUUAUUGGAAGAUUCAGACUCUGUCUCCUGGAACAAGGACAAGCUGGACACUUUCUUACAUAUGCUGGAUCUGCAGGCUAACGGACUACGCUCAUGUCUCGAGCACAAAAUGAAAAAGAACAAAAGAUUGCCGUUAUACUUCAAACGACUAAGAGACCUCACCAAGAACGACAAGCAGGAGAAGAACGAGGCCUGGGAGUGGAUCAGAAAAGAGCUGCUUCAACUCUUCGUGCUGUUCGACUUUUUCCCUGCUCUCUCUGUGAAUCGUGCUGCAAACGACAUUCAGUAAUCAGUUGAAGUUGUGCAGUGGUCACCAGAAGGUUGUGAGUUCAAACCUCAGAACUGCCAGAGAAAAGCUGUUGGUUUUAGUAAAAGACUCUAAACCUACAACUGCUCAGAUUUUGCUAGAAUUAGAUUUUCCUUCACUUGUCAGUGCUUUGGAUCAAAAUGCAGUUAAACAGUUCAGUUUGUAUUAAUCUUUCAGUGUUGCUCUAUUCAACAUCAUAGAAAGCUAAAUUAGCAAUGUAUUUCAGUUACA